ACGGGUCAAUUCAAUUGCGCGAUACAAUAAUUGUCUUGGUUUUCUAAUGAUCGCAAUUCCUCGUCGCGCCUAGCUCACUAUUCUAGCGUUAACAAGUCCGACAAGCGGCUGUUGAGACGACCGCUUUACGAUUCGAUAUAGUACUUCGCACUUAAAACAUGUCAGUCAUGUUACAAACACCUUCCAGGGCAUCGACAGCCUCGUCUUCGUCAUUUCAACCGAUUUCUCGCCAGAACACCAUGUCUUCCUACGAGGGUUCGCGCUCCGCACGCCAGUCUAAGCGAUACUCUAUGUCGGCUUUGUACUUAUCUAUGUCGGCGAACGAGUCGGAUCUGGAAAUCGAAGAUGAUUUGGCAAAAGCUCAGAAGAUCUUGCGCGAGUUGAAAUCCAAAAUUUCGUCGCAGUCUAAGAAGAACUUCGUCCUGGAAAAGGAUGUUCGGUACCUCGAUUCCCGAAUUGCUCUACUAAUUCAGAACCGGAUGGCUCUGGAAGAGCAAAACGAAGUAGCGAGCCACCUCGAAGAUGCGACCGAUCUGUUAGAGGGCGCGUUUCCCAACGACGACAAGACGCAGAAAUACGGCAAUCUGUUAUUUCUAUUGCAGUCCGAGCCCAGGCAUAUUGCUCAUCUCUGUAGGCUAGUGUCCAUGUCUGAGAUCGACUCUUUGCUACAGACCGUCAUGUUCACCAUUUACGGAAAUCAGUAUGAAAGUCGAGAAGAGCAUCUGCUCUUAACUAUGUUUCAGUCCGUUUUGACCUACCAAUUCGACACCACUCCGGAAUAUUCCUCCCUUCUCCGAGCAAAUACGCCGGUCUCUCGUAUGAUGACUACCUACACUAGACGUGGACCCGGGCAGAGUUUCUUGCGAACGGUACUGGCGCAAAGAAUCAACAGUUUGAUUGAAUUGACGGAUCUGGACCUCGAAAUCAAUCCCUUGAAGGUCUACGAGCGCAUGUGCCAGCAAAUCGAGGAGGAUACCGGCAGUCUCCCGCCAAGUCUUCCUAGGGGCAUCACGGGGGAGCAGGCUGCCGAAAAUCCCCAAGUGCAGGCUAUCAUCGAACCUCGUUUGACAAUGCUGACGGAAAUUGCUAACGGCUUUCUGACUACCAUUAUCGAGGGGCUUGAAGAGGCUCCCUACGGUAUCCGAUGGAUAUGCAAGCAGAUUCGAAGUUUAACGAAGCGAAAAUACCCCGACGCGAACGACCAAGUCAUCUGCACAUUGAUUGGCGGCUUUUUCUUCCUUCGUUUCAUUAAUCCCGCCAUUGUUACACCCAAGUCGUACAUGCUCAUCGAUGGAGUGCCCUCUGAACGACCUCGACGUACGCUAACGUUAGUUGCCAAGAUGUUGCAGAAUCUGGCUAAUAAGCCAUCGUAUGCCAAAGAACCAUACAUGGCGAAGUUGCAGCCGUUCAUCCAACAGAAUAAGGAUCGUGUCAACAAGUUUAUGCUUGACCUUUGCGAGGUUCAGGAUUUCUACGAGAGCCUCGAGAUGGACAAUUACGUCGCACUUUCCAAGAAAGACCUCGAGCUUUCUAUCACGCUGAACGAGAUAUAUGCCAUGCACGGGCUCAUCGAAAAGCAUAGUGGGGAACUUUGCAAAGACGAGACCUCUCACUUGGCUCAAAUAAUAACCGAAUUAGGUCACGCGCCCGCGCAAGUACCUCGGAAAGAAAACAGAGCCAUCAACCUUCCCCUAUUCAGUCGAUGGGAGACCGCCAUCGAUGAUUUGACAGCAGCCUUGGAUAUCACGCAGGAAGAAGUAUACUUCAUGGAAGCUAAAUCUAUCUUUGUGCAGGUGAUGCGGUCUAUUCCUGCGAAUAGUUCGGUCGCCCGACGUCCAUUACGCUUGGAGAGGAUUGCCGACGCAGCAGCCACGUCAAGAAACGACGCAGUCAUGGUUCGGAAAGGUAUUCGGGCUAUGGAACUACUUAGCCAACUCCAGGAGAUGAAAGUCAUCGAUAAGUCCGACCAAUUCAGCCUCCUAAGGGAUGAAGUUGAACAAGAGCUGCAGCACUUGGGUUCUUUGAAGGACGGAGUCAUUGCGGAGACGGCUAAGCUCGAAGAGGUGUAUAAGACGAUCAGGGACCACAACUCGUACCUUGUCGGCCAAUUAGAGACAUACAAGAGCUAUCUUCACAAUGUGCGAAGCCAGUCCGAAGGCACGAGGCGAAAGCAGCAGAAACAGCAAGUUCUCGGCCCGUACAAGUUCACUCACCAGCAGUUGGAAAAGGAAGGUGUUAUUCAGAAGAGCAAUGUCCCUGAUAACAGAAGGGCCAACAUCUACUUUAAUUUCACCAGUCCUUUACCGGGAACUUUCGUGAUCUCACUGCAUUACAAAGGACGCAACCGUGGGCUUUUAGAGCUCGAUCUCAAGCUCGACGACCUGCUAGAAAUGCAGAAAGACAACCAGGACGACCUAGACCUUGAAUACGUACAGUUCAAUGUCACGAAGGUAUUGGCCUUGUUAAACAAGCGCUUUGCCAGAAAGAAGGGCUGGUGAUCAGGGGGCACCAGUAUUUAGGAAGCAUUCUUGAGCCUUUCUGGCUUAUUUACCGACCAGCAACUUGCACCACGUUUGUUUCGAGGACCUUGCACGGCGUUCACGGCUGAUUACGACUUGAUACCAUUUUCUUUUGCUAUACCAGAGUGUUACACUCAUUUCAAAUGAAA